GUCGUUUUAUUUUUUUGUAUUUCGAUUUCAUAGUCGUCUUUCUUUUCUUGGUCCGAAACCAAGAGACUUGCAGAGCACCUGGGCUAAAAUGGCAGGGUCAUCUUGGAUGAGGUCACUCGUAAUUCGACCAAUCAAAGCCCUCGCCGGACGCCUCCGCGACUACGGCUUUGCUUGGGAUGGUCUACUAAAGGCAAGGGAAGUAGAGGAACAUUCAAAUGAGUUGUUGAAUGAGAUCUAUUUACAAGAAGAGAACAAUAUGAGGAUGAAAUCAUUUCCGAGUCUCGAAGAAGUGGAACAGAUCAUAGGGUAUAAUUUUAACGAUCGAGACUUAUUAGAGGAGGCCUUUACACAUCCUACCUACAAAGGGAGCUGUUUUUCGUACCGGCGACUUGAGUAUGUGGGUGACUCAGUGUUGAAUCUUUUGAUCACAAAAGAGCAAUUUUUCUUGUAUCCAGAUUUUUCCCCAGGGUUGCUGUCUCCUCUUCGUGCUGCCAAUGUGGAUACAGAGAAGCUUGCACGUGUUGCUGUCCAACAUAAGUUGCAUAGGUAUCUACGGCAUAGACAUCCUGUGCUUAUCAAUCAAAUUCAAGAAUUCAUUGCUGUUCUUCCACGGCAUCCUUUGCAUUCUAAUGGACUGAUCAAUGCUCCAAAGUUUCUUGCUGAUAUUGUUGAAUCCACAAUAGGGGCCACAUUCGUUGACAGUAAUUCUUCAAUUGACACCACUUGGAAGGUAGCUAAAGGCCUGUUGCAGCCGCUUAUUACUCCAGAAUUGCUUGGAGCGCAUCCUGUAAAGAAGCUUUACGAGACAUGCCAGAAGAACGGCCUGAAGGUUCGAGUAGUUGAUCGAUGGUUGAAAGAAGGCGCCUACGAAAUCAUCGUGGGCAAUAGACUGAAGGGAAGAGGCAGCUGCCGCAGCAAGAAGGAAAUCGCUCUAAACAGAGCGGCGAAUAACGCAUACGAGGAAUUGGUGAGAGAACUGGGGUUAAAAGACAGUGUCGGUGGUUAUGGCUGACGGCUUAUGCAAUGCAGGAACCGGAUCAACAUAUUUGCUGUAUGCAGAUCACCAUCUUCGAAUCUGACUCUCAAGAGACCAAUGAUCUCGCAAGAGAUGGAUUGGACACGUCCCCAUAUUGACAAUGAAGGACAUUGAAGGUCUUCUAGAAGAUAAAACCGUAGAUGGAAAUGUCUAACAAGUUAAUGUAAGUUGCAAUAAUAUUGUAUGACAUACAUAAUAUACAAUUAAUCAUAAAACUCAUAUAAAUUAUAUAAUACUUUAAUUGAA